AUGUGCAAGAGCCUAAAAGGCAGCUCUAGGGUGGUAGAUGAGAGCAAUAUUGCGGUAGCUCCGGUGAACUUGCCGGAAAUUCAACCGGAAAUUGGCCGGAAUCCAUGGAAAUCCGGCUUCCUCAGCAUCUUCAGAGCACCAUUGGCUGUUUUGGCUUGUGUUUCAAGGCAUGAAGGGGACUUUCCUGGUGAAUUUCCGGCGAGUUGGCCAGAAUCACGAGAUGGGGUGUGGUUUUCUGGGGAGAUUCCAAGGAUUUCAGAGAUGAAUUACCUUAUGGUACGUGAUAGCAUGCGCUAUGCGAUCUUCGUGUAA